AUGGUUGGAAUUAAAAAAAGAACUCAACGCUUAAAAAAUAGUGCUAAAAUUUCUGCGCAGUCAAGACAAGAGAAACAAAAAAUACCAGAGGAUAAUGAAAUUUAUGAUUCUGCUAAUUCUGAUGAUUUUGAAGAAAUGAUUUCAUAUUUUGAUGAAGAAUUUGAAAAUAACAGUGAAUCUUUAUUCCAAUUACUGAUUAAUAAUAUGAAAAAUUAUAAAGCCAAAAGACCUUUAACCUAUCAUGGAAAUUCAACAAGAACACAAAAAAGAAGAAAGGCAUCAACAAAAGAAAAUAUCAAUAAAAAUGGUCAAACUCUUGAUCAAUUUUUUAUUUUAGAAAAAAAUUCUAGUAAAGAAAUGACUCAGGAUAAUGAUUCACAAAAUAUUGAAAUCAAACUUGAUGAAUCAUUUGAUAUUGCAAAAAGUUAUAAUCUAAGAUUAAAAGCUUUGCAAUAUUAUUUUCAAUUAUUAAAAAGAAAUCAUAAAAAAUUUGAAGCAGCAAAUUUAGCAAACAUUUAA